AUUUCAGGUUAGACUGACAGGAAGCAGGUCUGCACUGGCAGCCAUGUCGCAGAAGUGCGUGUGCGUCUCUGACUUUGAGGAGGAAGCCAGGAGAGUUCUUCCAAAGGCUGUCUACGACUACUAUCGCUCCGGAGCUGAUGGACAGAACACGCUGUCUGACAACGUGGCAGCCUUCAACAGGUGGCAUCUUAUCCCUCGAGUAAUGAGGGAUGUGUCUAUUGUGGAUUUGUCUUUGACCAUGUUGGGACAGAAUCUCAGCAUGCCUCUCUGUGUUGGAGCCACAGCAAUGCAGAGGAUGGCUCAUCCUGCAGGAGAGACGGCUACAGCAAGAGCAUGCAAAGCAGCAGGAACAGGGAUGAUGCUGAGCUCCUGGGCCACCUCCAGUAUAGAAGAAGUGAUGUCAGCGAUGACGACCUCACCGGGCAGCGGGGGUGUUCUCUGGAUGCAGCUGUACAUCUACAAAGACCGAGAGCUCACGCUGUCUUUGGUGCGCAGGGCGGAAAAGGCAGGGUACAAAGCUAUCUUUGUUACUGUAGAUACUCCAUACCUGGGGAAGAGGCUGGACGAUGUGCGCAACCGCUUUAAAAUGCCCCCACAUUUGAGGAUGUCAAACUUCUCCUCAGCCUCUCUGGCCUUCUCUGAGGAGAACUACGGCGACGACAGCGGUUUGGCUGUUUAUGUUGCAAAUGCCAUCGAGCCGGCUCUCAGCUGGGACGACAUCACCUGGCUGAAGAACCACACAAACCUACCUGUGAUUGUGAAAGGAGUACUGAACGCUGGAUGUGUUAGAGGAGGUAGUGAAGGCUGUUCAGGGUCGCUGUGAUGUCUACAUGGAUGGAGGAGUGAGGCGAGGGACGGACAUCCUAAAAGCUUUAGCUCUGGGAGCCAAAGCUGUCUUCAUCGGCCGCCCCGUUUUAUGGGGCCUCGCCUAUCAGGGAGAAGGAGGUGUAACUGAGCUUCUGGAACUCCUCAGAGAGGAGCUGCGACUGGCUAUGGCCUUGUCAGGUUGUCGGUCCCUAUCUGAGGUGAACAGGUCCUUGAUUAGGAAAGUGGACUUCAGCUCCAGGAUGUGAGACAAAAACGUGCAGAAACCACAGAAGAGUGGAUUACUGAAGAAUCAUCAAGAGGAUAAAAAUGUCAAAUUUUUGUUUGUUUUGUAAUUUGUUAGAAAAUAAUCUUGCUUUAGAUUGCUACAUUUUGGUGAAAGCUGUAGAUGUUUUGUAGACUGCCUAUUGUUAGUUUUGAAAUAAAUCAAAGCGCUCUGAAACUUUGUUUCAUUAAAAUGAACCACACCUA